CCGGAAGUAUUCAGACCGGCGCGCAAAUGAAAAGUUAUUGAAAAGGAAUGGCUGAAGCCUCUGGCUCCAAGUCUAAACUUAAGCGAAAGAAGAGUUGUGUGGAGGAGCAGCAGGCAGACAUCUGCUCCCGGAUAACACCGAAGAGGAGCGGAGUUGGUCAGCCGUCCACAGACGGAGCAACGGGCGCUGACAGGUCUUGGCUCCCUGCAGCAGCAGCAUGGUGGAACCAACUGCAGCCCCCUGCUGUGGAGAGCCUGUGGGCGUUCACACUGAUGUCUGCUCUGCCAUACCUGCAGAACCAGCGCUGGGAUCAGGUUCCUGAUCUUCCCUCUCCUCCCGCUGAGGAACCUACAGCAGCAGAAGCAGGGGAGCAGUGGAGAGUUGAUCUCUGUAGUGAAGUUCCUCCCUUUCCAGAACAAAGUCCACCACCCUCACCAUCGGGUUUGGAUCGUCAGAGCUUUUCGUCGUCUCAGGAUAGUGUCCCAGUUCAGACCAGAGGCCCAUCCUCCACCAGCAGACCAGGUCCAAGUCAGAGGCCGACUGGCCACCGGUGGGACAAAGCAGCGUCCUCUUCCUCAGGACAGCAGAGGCCCAGAGAUCAGGAGCAGCAGAGCGAACGGCUCCAAACUCAGUUUGAAAAGGUUUUCAACCAACCGAUUUCUACAUGUGAAGAGAAGGAAAAGAUGCAGAGUGUUAAAGAAGAAGAAGCUCUGCAGAGCUGCCCCAUGUGUCUGCAUGUGUUCCCUGCUGGGUUCACACAGAUGGAGCAGGACAGCCACCUGGCCCAGUGUCUCUCCAUGAUGAAUGAGGACAUGACCUGGUGAGACGACGGGAAGCUGGCCGCCGUCCCGGACCUCCGUAUCCCGACACUCUCCAGGAUCCAGUCAGACGGAAGAGGACGUGGUCAGAGUGCAGCACCUCCAAGGCUUCGUUUGAUUUACUGAGCUGCUGACACUUUCCACUGAGAACCCAGCGGCUCGGCGCUGAUGGAGAAUUAAUGAGGGGAGAUGUUUGAAGCUCCCAAACAUUAGGAGACGUCUGUUGGCUCUGACUGAUUGUUUCCACUGAGGUGGAGAACAUUUAAAUCAGACUUUGGUUUUACCUGUUUCCCUCUCAGCCAUCUGUCACAUUAAGGCUGGUUCUGGAAUCAUCAUCAUCAGCUGCUGGAGAGGUCGCCGGGGGAAACAUGAGGUCCAAUCAGAACCUCAGUUUGGUUCUGGCUCAUUCAGCAGCAGCGCUGGAUCAGUCCUGCUAAAGCAGAAUGUUCCGGGGCCUCAGCUUCUGUACUGAUGGCUGGACACGGAACAUCAGUUGAUGAAGGACAGCAGCCCCAGACAUCAUACUGCCACCACCAUGUUUGACUGUCAGCAUUUUGUUCUGGUUCUGAAAUGCGGUUAGUUUUUUAGAUGAAACCGGACCAGCAGUAUGUUCCUUUGUUCCAUUCCACUGAAUCUUUGGGUUUUUUUUUUAGCAAAUGUGAGCCGGGCUGCUGUGUUCUUUUGGGUCAGCAGGGGUUCUGGACUUGGAGCUCUCCCAUAAAGUCCGUUAAAUCUUGAACACUGAUGAAGUUUUAUCUGCAACAUUUAAACGUGACAAAGACCAGUUAACUUUGUGUGCUCAUGGACAAACUUUGGAGACGGGGACCGCGGAUGGUUCCUAGGUCGGUGGAGGAGGGUCUUCUCCCCCGUCGUUCUCCCAGUUUGUUCACAAUGAAGAUAAACCAUUUGUAUUUUUCGUUAUUUAUGCCAUGUAUGUUUGGUUCUUCCAUUUUCUUGUUUAA